AUCGCUGCCCCGCGGAUAGUAAGUUAACAUACCUACGAGGUAGACGUGUAAUAACGUGAUUGUGUGUGGUAUGUAUUUGUACCGACAUAUCAUAAAAUGUGAAAAAUUGUCGGCACCUUGUCUGUAUCUGGUGGAGUUUUGUGUAAACGGAAUUUAAUAAUGAGUAAAGAGAAGAAAGGAGAGGUCAGUUUUGUGGUGGGGGACAAUGAGGAUAGCACAGAUUCUGUAGACCCCCCUGAGGUAUUUCUUGAUGAUCAUCAUGAGGAAAAGAAGGACAGUGUCCCCUCCCUCAUACAAUCUCCCUCAAGAGAGGACACCUCUGAACCAAAGCUUAAGUGUACUCAACCAAGUUAUUGUGAAACCUCACAGAGACAUCCAUCCUUUGAUAUUGAUUCCCUGUUGAAUCAGCCUACUGACUUUUCACAUGGAAAACAAAUUGGGCACAGGUCUACCUUCAUGGCAAAAAGCAGGUUUUUAGGUUUUCAUCCCGUGCAUGCUAAGCACUCCAUGUCAGGGGCCAGUAAUUUGGACAGUAGGGGGAGACGAAUGAGUUACCACCCUAAGGACUUCUCUGUGGCCACACCAGAGGAAUUUGUCAAGAGAUUCGGAGGAAAUAAAGUCAUCAACAAAGUGCUGAUAGCCAACAAUGGAAUUGCUGCUGUUAAGUGUAUGCGUUCAGUCAGGCGGUGGGCUUAUGAAAUGUUUCGAAAUGAGCGGGCCAUCCGUUUUGUAGUCAUGGUCACACCAGAAGAUCUCAAAGCUAAUGCAGAGUACAUCCGUCUAGCUGACCAGUAUGUCCCAGUACAAGGCGGAACAAACAACAAUAACUACGCCAAUGUGGAACUUAUCCUGGAUAUAGCCAAGCGAACACAAGUACAGGCUAUUUGGGCAGGCUGGGGCCAUGCCUCAGAAAAUCCCAAGUUACCAGAACUCCUCCAUAAAAAUGGAAUUAUUUUUAUCGGUCCACCAGAGGGAGCUAUGUGGGCCCUGGGGGACAAGAUUGCUUCCUCCAUUGUUGCCCAGACUGCGGGAGUGCCCACAAUGCCAUGGAGUGGUUCAGGCCUGACCCUGAACCACUCCAAGAGUGACACUAGAGCAGUCAGUGUGCCCUCUGACAUCUACAGGAAGGGAUGUGUGGAGGAUGUGGAUGAGGGACUCCAGUCUGCCAACAAAAUCGGCUUUCCUGUGAUGAUUAAGGCCUCAGAGGGAGGGGGUGGGAAGGGGAUCAGGAAGGCAGAGAAUGCUGAUGACUUCCCUAACCUCUUCAGACAGGUGCAAGUUGAAGUUCCAGGAUCCCCGAUCUUCAUAAUGAAACUGGCAACGCAUGCUCGUCACUUGGAGGUCCAGAUCUUGGCUGAUAAUUAUGGUAAUGCCAUUUCUUUGUUUGGGAGGGACUGCUCCAUUCAGCGAAGACAUCAAAAGAUCAUAGAAGAAGCCCCCGCCUCGAUUGCGACUACAGAAGUGUUUGAAAAGAUGGAACAGGCUGCAGUGACCCUGGCUAAGAUGGUGCGGUACGUCAGUGCUGGUACAGUGGAAUACCUGUAUAACGAGGAGACGGAGACAUUCCACUUCCUGGAGCUUAAUCCACGUCUCCAAGUGGAACAUCCGUGUACAGAGAUGGUGGCAGACAUCAACCUUCCAGCUGCUCAGUUACAGAUUGCUAUGGGCCUGCCCCUGUACCGCCUUAAGGACAUCCGACAGCUGUAUGAAGUGGAUACAUGGGGAGACAGUCCUAUAGACUUCUCUAACCCCUCCAUUCACCCCAGACCCCGGGGUCAUGUCAUAGCGGCCAGGAUCACCAGUGAAAAUCCAGAUGAAGGAUUUAAGCCGAGUUCUGGUACAGUCCAGGAGUUAAAUUUCCGCAGCAGUAAGAAUGUGUGGGGGUACUUCAGCGUGGCAGCCACGGGAGGGCUACAUGAAUUUGCUGACUCCCAGUUUGGACACUGCUUCUCCUGGGGAGAGGACCGGGAAGAUGCCCGAGAGAACUUAGUGGUGGCCUUGAAGGAGCUGUCGAUCCGUGGUGACUUCAGAACAACAGUAGAAUACCUCAUCAAACUGUUAGAAACGGAGGAAUACCAGAACAACAAGAUCACCACAGGCUGGCUGGAUAAGCUGAUAUCCGAGAACGUCCAGGCAGAGAAGCCAGAUGUCAUGCUCGGAGUAAUAUCUGGAGCACUCCACAUAGGAGAGCACCAAAUCCAGGAUUGCUUCCAGACAUUCCAGGCCUCCCUGGAGAGAGGGCAGAUCCUGCCGGCUAACUUGCUGAAAAAUCAUGUGGACGUGGAAUUCAUUAGUGAAGGGAUCAAGUACAAUGUCAAGGUGGUGAAGACGGGGCCAAACAACUACUUUAUAUGUAUGAAUGACUCCAUGCUGGAAGUGGAAGCUCAUAGAUUGAGUGAUGGUGGUUUGCUGAUUUCGUUUGAUGGUGCUAGUUACACAACUUACAUGAAGGACCAAAUCAGCAGUUACAGGAUCACUAUAGGCAACAAAACGUGUGUGUUACAGAAGGAGAACGACCCAACCAAACUCAGGUCUCCCUCGGCUGGUAAGCUGUUGAACUACAUGAUAGACGACGGUGGCCAUGUGUUUGCGGGGGAUGUGUAUGCUGAGAUUGAGGUCAUGAAGAUGGUGAUGGAACUCAGGGUCACAGAAAAUGGAUGUGUACAUUAUGUAAAGAGACCGGGAGCAGUACUAGAUGGUGGCAGCAUUGUUGCUAACCUUGACCUGGAUGAUCCUAGCCGUGUUCAGCAGGCCCAGGCCUUCACAGGGAAACUCCCCCAGCCUGUAGCCCCUCCCACUCAUGGGGAGAAGCUACACCAGAUCUUCCAGAGCACCCGUGCUGAGCUGGAGAAUAUUCUGGCUGGGUAUACACUACCAGAGCCUUACUUUAAACCGAAGCUUCAGACCUCCAUUGAGAAACUUAUGAAAUGUUUAAGGGACCCCUCACUGCCAUUACUUGAGCUUCAGGAUCUUGUAGCUAUGAUAUCUGGAAGAAUUCCUCCACAAGUGGAAAAAGCCAUCAAGAAACAUCUUCAGUCAUAUGCCAGUAACAUUACGUCCGUCCUCAGUCAGUUUCCAAGUCAACAGAUUGCAAAUGUGAUAGACAGCCAUGCUGCCACACUGACAAGGAGGGCAGAGAGAGAAAACUUCUUCAUGACAACUCAGGGCAUAGUUCAGCUAGUACAAAGAUACCGGAAUGGAAUCAGAGGUCACAUGAAAAGUGUGGUUCAGGACUUACUGAAACAGUAUGUCAGGGUGGAAGUUCAAUUUCAACACGGUCACUAUGAUAAAUGUAUAGCUCAGCUUAUAUCCAAAACCAAGGACAUGUCUACCGUGGCUGGUAGCAUUUUCUCUAAUCUUGCUGUACAGAAGAAAAACGUUCUAAUCACCAUGCUUAUAGACCACAUGUGUAGAAAGGAAGCAGGAUUAACUGAUGAACUGGCUUCCAUUCUUACCGAGCUCACAACGCUGAACAAUGCAGAGAAUGCCAAAGUAGCUCUCAGGGCCAGACAGGUGUUGAUAGCCGCCCAUACUCCACCUUAUGAACUUCGACACAACCAGAUGGAGUCAAUCUUCCUGUCAGCCAUAGACAUGUAUGGGCCAGAAUUCAAUCCAGAAAAUCUACAGAAAAUCAUUCACUCAGAAACAGCCAUCUAUGAUAUCCUACAGGAGUUCUUUUGGCAUCCUAAUAAUCUGGUGCGGUCAGCAGCCCUAGAGGUGUACAUUAGGAGAGCAUAUAUUGCAUAUGAAGUGAACUGUCUCCAGCACAGGGAACUAAAUGGAGAUAUGUCAAUGGUGGAAUUUAAAUUCCUGCUGCCUCGAUCUCAUCCAAACAGAUUGAUGGUGAUGCGAUAUGACAGCAGUGACAAGGUGUCCGGACUGAUGGAUGCUGCUGCCCACAUUGAUCAGCUAGAUGAACCACCCACUUGUCAAAGAAUGGGAAUCAUGGCCUCUUUCAACUCCAUGGAGGACUUUGAAAUUCAUUUUGAGCAGAUGAUGAACUGUUUCACUGUGGAGACAGACAGCCCACCCAGCAGCCCAGCUGUUCUGGCCAAGAGCCCAGCAGGCAACGAGGACUGCAUUUCACUGCAUAGUACUUCCGACGCUGACGAGCCCAUACAUAUAAUUAAUAUUGGAAUCAAGUUCAGCAAGAAAGAUAAAUAUGAUGACAAUGCUCUAGCUGUCAAAUUCCAGGACUUUUGUAAAGAGAGGGAGCAGUAUCUGUGUGAGAAAGCAAUCAGAAGAAUCACAUUUUUGGUGUACUGCAGGAGAAGUUCACCAAAAUAUUUUACUUAUCGUGCCAAAUUCAAUUUUGGUGAGGACAGGAUUUACCGACAUUUGGAGCCGGCAUUAGCUUUCCAACUUGAAAUCAACAGGCUCCGUAAUUUUGACCUUGAGGCUGUACAAACUAACAACUACAAGAUGCAUUUGUACCUGGGAAAAGCAAAGGUUGCUGCUGGGCAGGAGGUGACAGACUACAGGUUCUUUGUACGAGUCAUCAUCAGGCACUCUGACCUCGUCACUAAGGAGGCCUCAUUCGAGUACUUACAAAAUGAAGCAGAGAGAACCUUACUGGAGGCCUUGGAUUCAUUGGAAGUGGCAUUCUCCCACCCGCUGUCAAAAAAGACAGAUUGUAACCAUAUAUUCCUGAAUUUUGCACCAACACUGACCAUACCUGAACCAGGCAAGUUGGAGGAGACUGUUAGGGCUAUGGUGAUGAGAUACGGCAGUCGUUUAAUGAAGAUGAGAGUUCUCAAUGCGGAGCUGAAAUUCACCAUCAAGUUUGCAUCCAGUCACACAAGCAUUCCUAUUCGACUCUACCUGACCAAUGAAAGUGGGUACUACUUGGACAUGAGUAUGUAUAGGGAAGACACAGACCAAAACACUGGACAGGUAAUGUUUCAAUCCUAUGGCACAAAACAAGGAGCCCUUCACGGUCUGUUGAUUAGCACACCUUAUCCCACCAAGGACCACCUCCAGUUAAAGCGGUUCCAAGCCCAGUCAAGUGGAACCACAUAUGUGUAUGAUUUUCCAGGAAUGUUCACACAGGCAUUACAGAAAUUCUGGAAGGACUAUCGAGACGAGAACCAAAUUCCCCAAGGCGCCUUCAGUUGUAUAGAACUGGUUCUGGAUAAGGACAAUAACCUCUGUAAACAGAACAGACUACCAGGGGAAAACGAGAUUGGAAUGGUGGCCUGGCAAAUGACCUUGAAGACACCUGAAUGUCCCGAGGGUCGUGACAUCAUUGUCAUAUCUAAUGACAUCACCUACAAAAUUGGUUCAUUUGGACCUGCGGAGGACCUCCUGUUCAAGAAAGCAUCAGUGAAAGCCAGGAAGGAGGGGCUCCCCCGUAUCUUUGUGUCUGCUAACAGUGGAGCAAGGAUCGGACUGGCUGAGGAGAUCAAACAUCUGUUCAAGGUUGCCUGGAAUGACCCUAAAGAUAUAGAGAAAGGAUUUAAAUAUCUUUACCUGACCCCUGUAGAUUUCAAGAAAGUUAGUGCAAUGAAUUCCGUCCAUGCAGAACUUAUAGAAGAUGAAGGCGAACCUAGAUAUAAAAUUUUAGAUAUCAUAGGAAGAGAGGAAGGGCUAGGAGUGGAAAAUCUGAGAGGAUCCGGAAUGAUUGCCGGGGAAUCGUCGAUUGCUUAUAAUAAUAUUGUUACAAUCAACUUGGUAACCUGUCGAGCUAUAGGUAUAGGUGCCUAUUUAGUCCGACUUGGCCAGAGAACAAUACAGGUGGAGAACUCCCACAUCAUCCUCACCGGUGCAGGUGCACUUAACAAGGUGCUUGGUAAGGAGGUGUACACCAGUAACAAUCAGCUGGGAGGAAUCCAGAUUAUGUACACUAACGGUGUCACUCACGACAUCACAGCUGACGACUUUGAGGGGGUCUACAAAAUCAUACAGUGGCUGUCCUACAUGCCUAAGUGUAAAGGUUCCCCAUUACCAGUACUAGAUACAGGGGACCCAGUGAAUAGGGAGGUAGAGUUUGUCCCCACCAAGGCUCCCUACGAUCCCAGGUGGAUGUUGAAUGGCAGACAGAAUCCAGAUGACAAGACCUCCUGGCAGAAAGGUUUCUUUGACCACAAGUCGUUCCAUGAAAUCCUACAGCCCUGGGCUCAAACAGUUGUCACUGGUCGGGCCAGGUUAGGAGGAAUCCCUGUGGGAGUGGUCUGUGUGGAGACCAGAACAGUAGAAAUGACGACCCCUGCAGACCCAGCCAAUAUAGACUCGGAGACCAAGGUGAUACAACAAGCAGGUCAGGUGUGGUUCCCCGACUCAGCUUACAAGACAGCACAGGCCAUUAAGGAUUUCAACAGGGAGGAGCUUCCUCUCAUGGUGUUUGCGAACUGGAGAGGUUUCUCUGGUGGAAUGAAAGAUAUGCAUGACCAGGUACUAAAGUUUGGGUCAUACAUAGUCGAUGCUCUGACGGAGUAUAAUCAACCAAUCAUGAUCUACAUUCCUCCGUAUGCAGAGCUGAGGGGUGGGGCAUGGGUAGUUGUGGACCCGACCAUAAACCCCACACACAUGGAAAUGUAUGCAGAUGAACUCAGCAGGGGAGGAGUUCUUGAACCAGAGGGAACAGUGGAAAUCAAGUACAGGAGAAAAGAUCUGGAGAAAACUAUGCAGCGACUGGAUCAGACCUGCAUCCAGAUAGUGGAGAAGCUCAGCAGUCCACAGCUGAAUCCAGAUGAGAAGGCAGAACUCCAGAAAAAGUUGGCAGCUCGCCAGGACCGCUUACUUCCCAUGUACCACCAGGUUGCAAUCCAGUUUGCUGACCUCCAUGACACCCCGGGCAGAAUGGAGGAAAUGGGCGUCAUUACUGACAUUCUGAAAUGGCAGUCCAGCAGAGAGUUUUUCUACUGGCAUCUGAAGAGGAGGUUGCUGGAGAGGCAACUGAAGAAGAAGAUGAAGCAGUUCACCCACAAUGUGGGGGAGGGAGAGCUCAACUCCAUGUUACAUCGGUGGUUUGUGGAGGACAGGGGCACUAUAAAUGCAUACCUGUGGGAAGAUGAUAAAGCUAUGGUAGAGUGGCUGACAGAACAGAUCAGGGAGGACAGCAUUGAUAAUGCAGUGUCGGACAACAUCCGUUGUCUACAGCGAGAACACGUUCUACAGCAGGUCAGAAGCUUGAUACAAGACAAUCCAGAAGUUGCCAUGGAUUCCAUUGUUCAUAUCACACAACAUAUGACUCCAAGUCAAAGGUCGGAGGUCUCCAGAAUCCUGGCCAACAUGGACACAUGACAGAGCUAUGUGAUAAGAUUAGACAAUCAUGAAAUGUCUUUGUUGUAAAUUACAUUAAACCUUUUGUGAAAAAUGUCAUGUGCAUAAUAGAAAUCCAUUUCUAUCAUCAUUUCAUGACAUAUUAUUCUAAACUAGCUGCCUGAUACUUUGCAUUUUCAUUUAUACAUGUAUCCAAAUAAAGGGUAAACAUUGUAUUUAGAGAUACCACUUUGUCAGUUAUUGAUACAAGGGUGUCUGAAUUCUGUUGUCUGCCUUAACAGGGUUACUCUAACAAUACUGUCUUUCACGGAGUGUGGCGAUUACUUUUAAUCCACAUACAGGUGUAUACUAUAAACUCUUUAUUAUUUAUAUAUACUGAACAUCUUAUUCAUGUACAGAAGUACUAAAAUUCACAUGAAAUUGUAAUACUAAAUUAUUGACUUGUGUUUAGUCAUAAAGUUUUAUUUAGUAUAUAUAUUUUUAUAUUCAUAUGUUAAUUGAUGUUUCACCUGACAUUAGGAUGAACAUUUUGAUAACAAUAAAAAUGAAUUGCUAGC